AUGGGUAGUAAUAAUCGAAAUCGAUUACUGGAUAUGCUUUUAGAUGAUGAUAGCGAUGAUGAGGAUUUUUUCGGGUUUUUGUUAGUGGCAAUGAUCGCAGAAGAAGUAAUGGCUAAUGAGAAAAGAGCAAAACGACGUCGUCUUCGUCACGGUUCUAGGGGUAAAGUUCAAGGUGAUUAUUAUAGACCUGUUUUUGAGUUUAAUUUUAUUAAUAUUUUGAUGAAAACGAACAUUUGGUCCUCUGUUUGAAGCUUAUAUAUGAUGAUCCAGCUGUGUUUGCUUAAUAGUUUUGGGCAUUAGUUCAUAGAAAGCGGGAAAGGGUAGGCUAAGGCCACAUAGUUUGAAAUUUUGGGAAUAUAAAUUGACAUGACAACCCUAACCCUUCUUCAAUGUUAGCUUUACUACCCAAAACCUUUUUCCAUUGUUACUCCGUUGGACUAAGCCCUACCAGAAUCUCUUAUUCCUUGUCUCUACAAAUGUCUUGGGCUUGCAAAAGAUGCACCUUUCUCAACCCCUCAUCUCAGAAAUCCACCUGCCAAAUCUGCUUUUCAUCUGAAUCGUCGUCAUUGCCAUCAUCAUCUUCCUCUUCUCUUGCUUCUACCCCCAAAUGGUCAUGCAAAGCUUGUACUUUCCUCAAUCCGUAUAAAAAUUCCAACUGCGAAGUUUGCGACACUAGGGCACAUGUCUCGUCUUUUUCGAGCUUUGAGGAUUUGAACGAUACGGGUCCGGAUUCUGAACUGGACUCUUCAGUGGGCUCUGUUUUCUUGCCCUUGCAGCCUUGUAAGAGGAUGAAGAUUUCUGAACCAGUCGGGGUCGAACCUGAUUCUGCCAAAUUGGGUGGGUUUCAAUCCGUUAAGGCUUCCGACAAGGGAGCGACUGUAUCUGAGGAAGCUGGUUCUGGUACAGCCCAGACUACAUUGAAGAUUUUAAGCUACAACGUUUGGUUUCGAGAAGACCUUGAACUGGAGAAAAGAAUGAAAGCUAUCGGGGACCUUAUAGAACUGCAUUCCCCUGAAAUUAUAUGCUUUCAGGAGGUAACCCCCAAUAUAUACAAUAUCUUUAAGCAAUCUAAUUGGUGGAGAAUGUAUAAUUGUUCCGGUACAAAUCAAAUGGCUUUCCCAGGGUCGUACUUCUGCAUUCAGCUAAGCAAACUUCCAGUGAAAAUAUUUAGCUGUAAACCCUUCUCCAAUUCUGCUAUGGGUAGAGAACUUUGUGUUGCUGAAAUUGAAAUUCAGAAGGAUAAAUCUUUGGUCAUCGCCACUAGCCAUCUUGAAAGUCCGUGCCCAGGUCCUCCUACGUGGGACCAGAUGUUUAGCAAGGAACGUGUAGAACAGGCAAAUGAGGCCAUUAACUUCCUCAAGACAAACCAAAAUGUGGUAUUUGCUGGUGACAUGAACUGGGAUGACAAGUUGGAUGGCCAGUUUCCUUUACCUGAUGGAUGGUUGGAUGCUUGGGCAAAGUUAAAGCCAGAGGAAAAUGGAUAUACAUAUGAUACCAAGUCCAACCAGAUGUUGUCUGGAAACCGCACACUGCAGAAGCGUUUGGAUAGAUUUGUUUACAAGCUAUGUGACUUCAAGAUACAUCGAAUUGAAAUGAUCGGGAAGGAUGCAAUACCAGGAGUAUCAUAUAUUAAGGAAAAGAAAGUGAGGAAAGAAAUCAAGAAGUUGGAGCUACCUGUUUUGCCUAGUGAUCAUUAUGGCCUGCUUUUGACCAUCUGUAGCAAGUGAAGUUUCUUUUGUGGAUGAGUUCAUAUGAAACUAUAAAGGGAAACAAGAAGUACGUGGUCAAGUUUGUGCUUGGGUUUGUUUUGUAUAGCUCACCGUGCAUGCUAGGCAUGCAAUUUUGUGUAUAUCGGUGGGGCGAUGUAAAGCUGGUUCAUUUUGAACUGUCGAUAUUCCAGUGAAAGGGAUACAUUUUCAUCUGUCAUUUACAAUUUACUCUCUAAUAGUUUGUGUCACCGUGCGUGCUAGGCAUGCAAUUUUGUGUAUAUCGGUGGGACGAUGUAAAGCUGGUUCAUUUUGAACUUAGAUUUCCAGUGAAAUGGAUAUGAAAUACUUUUUGUUUUA